AGAAGUUAAUUGGAGACUGAGAUGAAAAGUGGCCCCACCUUCCUCCGCGUUCACCCCACUCAGCGCCAGCCUGUCACCGAAUUCCACCUCAUUCCACCCGCCCCGACCAAUCUCUCUCUCUCUCUCUCUCUCAAUUCUCAAACAUAAAAAUGUAAAACCGAAAAUAGUAGCUAAAAAGUGCCCAACAACUCUCUCCCUCUCUUCCCCCUCAACCACAGUGGGAAAAACCCUUCUCAAAGAGUUCCACUCCUGACCUCAAAUUCAUCGUCUCUCUAUAUUCGCUUCUGCUUCUCCCUCGCCCUCUGCCCGAAUGGGGCUUGCAACAAUGGGGAUCCUCUGGAUCUUCGUACUUUCUCUCUCCUUUGUCUCUCUCUCCUCGGCGGACGACGCCGCCGUGAUGACUAAGCUGGCCUCUGCCCUCUCCUCCCUCCCUUCCGAUUGGACCGGUUCCAAAUUCUGCUCGUGGACCGGCGUCAAUUGCCACAACUCCGGCCGAGUUACCUCCAUCAGCCUCGCCUCCAAGUCCCUCUCCGGCGUCCUCCCCUCCCAACUCAACGAGUUGACUCAGCUCCGAACCCUCUCCCUCCAGAACAACCAACUCUCCGGUGCAUUGCCCUCCCUUGCCAACCUCUCUUCCCUCCAGCAAAUCUACUUCAACGACAACAACUUCACCUCCAUUCCUGCCGGUUUCUUCCAAGGGCUCACCAGCCUUACCACCUUCAGUCUGAGUCAGAACCUGGAUCUCGACCCGUGGACGAUCCCUACGGACUUGACUCAGUCCUCCACCCUCGUCAGCUUCUACGCCAGCAAUUCCCAGAUCACUGGUGUGAUCCCGGACAUCUUCGCUUCUUUCCCGAAUUUGCAGGACCUUCGGCUGUCCUACAAUAACCUCACCGGCGCUCUGCCGGCGUCGUUCGCCGGAUCUGCGAUUAAGAACCUGUGGCUGAACAACCAGGCGAUGGGGCUUUCCGGCGGGAUCGGCGUGUUAUCGAACAUGUCUCAGUUGUACCAGGUGUGGUUGCAAAACAAUGCCUUCACCGGUCCGAUCCCUGACCUCUCCAAUUGCGAAUCACUUUGGGAUUUGCAGCUUCGCGACAACCAGUUCACCGGGGUUGUGCCGUCUUCGGUAAUUUCCCUUCCUAAUUUGGCCAACGUCUCAUUAACGAACAAUAAAUUGCAAGGUCCUUUGCCUGUUUUCGGGAAAAAUGUGAAAGCUGAAUUGGGUACUACUAAUAGCUUUUGCCGAAGUGAUGCGGGUUCUUGUGAUCCUCAAGUCACUACAUUGCUCGAGAUUGCUGGGGCCUUAAACUAUCCCAUGACUUUGGCUGAAUCUUGGCAAGGAAAUGAUGCUUGCCAACAAUGGACGUUCAUUACUUGCGAUGCGCAAAGGAAGAGUGUGACUAUUGUGAAUUUUGGGAAGCGAUAUUUUGGAGGGACAAUAUCACCGGCAUUUGGGAAUCUUACUUCGCUCAAGAGCCUUUCUUUGAAUGAUAAUAACCUUACAGGUUCCAUUCCUGAUAGCUUGACAAGUUUGAAGCAGCUUCAGACAUUAGAUGUGUCCAACAAUAACCUUACUGGAAAAAUACCAGUUUUUCUAUCGUCGGUGAAGCUGACUACAACAGGGAAUCCUUUGCUCGGAAAGAAUUCAAGCUCUGAAGGUGGAGGAGGUGGGAGUACAAAUUCUGGGCAGGGUGCCACUUCACCUGCUGGAAGCCCAUCCGGAUCAUCCACUAGUUCUGUUUCAUCGGGUUUGAUUAUUGGUAUUGUUAUUGCUGUCAUAGUUUUUCUUGGGAUUAUAGGGUUUUUCUGUUUUAAAUGUUUUGCAAUAAGACGACAUCGAAAAUUUGGCAAGGUAGAGAAUCCCCAAAAUGGGCAGAAAAUGGUGCAGAAUGGUAUAAUGGGUGGUAUGAGUGGUUAUGGUGGUGUGCCAAGUGAGUUACACAGCCAGAGCAGUGGCGAUCACACUGAAAUUCAAGUUUUUGAAGGUGGAAAUGUUUCAAUCUCUAUCCAAGUUCUUCGGCAGGUGACUAACAAUUUCAGUGAAGAUAAUAUACUGGGUAGAGGAGGAUUUGGAGUUGUUUAUAAAGGAGAAUUGCAUGAUGGAACGAAGAUUGCUGUGAAGAGGAUGGAAUCUGUGGCAAUGGGCUCAAAAGGAAUGAAUGAGUUUCAAGCUGAAAUUGCAGUUCUCACAAAAGUUAGGCAUAGGCAUUUGGUUGCUCUUUUAGGUUUUUGUAUCAAUGGGAGUGAGAGGAUUUUGGUAUAUGAGUACAUGCCAAAGGGGACUCUUGGGGAGCAUUUGUUUGAGUGGUGCGAGCAUGGUUUUUCUCCACUUACAUGGAAGCAGCGAGUGACAAUAGCAUUAGAUGUAGCCAGGGGUGUUGAAUAUUUACAUAGCUUAGCACAACAAAGUUUUAUUCAUAGAGAUUUGAAACCUUCUAACAUACUUCUUGGUGAUGACAUGAGGGCCAAGGUUUCUGAUUUUGGUUUAGUUAAAAAUGCGCCUGAUGGAAAGUAUUCUGUGGAAACGAGGCUGGCAGGAACAUUUGGGUAUCUUGCACCUGAAUAUGCUGCUACAGGAAGAGUGACAACCAAAGUGGAUGUUUAUGCGUUUGGAGUGGUUCUGAUGGAGAUAAUCACUGGAAGAAAAGCACUGGAUGAUACCCUGCCAGAUGAGAGAGCUCAUUUGGUCACAUGGUUUCGGAGGGUUCUAAUCAACAAGGAUGGUAUCAGAAAGUGUAUUGAUCAAACUCUUGAGUUUGAUGAUGACACAUAUGAGAGCAUUUGCAAAGUAGCUGAACUAGCAGGUCACUGUACUGCUCGUGAGUCCUAUCAGAGACCUGAUAUGGGCCACGCUGUUAAUGUACUGGGCCCUCUUGUGCAAUUGUGGAAACCUGCUAGCCACGAAGAAGAAGAGAGCUCUGGCAUUAACCUCGACAUGAGCCUUCCUCAAGCUCUACAAAGAUGGCAAAACAACGAAGGCACUUCCACAAUGUUUAAUGAUUUGUCCUAUAGUCAGUCCCAAUCUAGUAUUCCUUCAAAACCUUCAGGGUUCGCAGACACAUUUGAUUCAAUGGAUUGCCGGUGAAAGAAGCAGGACACACGUGUCAAUGAAAAGGGUGAAAUGCCAUUUUAGGACAGGAUGCAAGAAGAAAGAUCUCCAAGCUGUUUAAUCUGGUGAAUCCCUGAAGAACUGUAAGAUUGUAUUAAAUUUAUUUGUUCGUUAUUAGUCUUUUUGGCCUCCUAUUUUUAUGAUUUUUGUUUGUGCGAAUAGAUUUAUUGUUUGUUUUCUGUAGGAUUCAUUUAAAGUUAACUGAUGUCCCUGUUUUUUGGUCGAAGCCAACUGAUAUCUUGAUGAUGGGAGUGGGGCAGAAAAAAAAUGUCCAAUUUGCCUACUGUGUUCCUCCAUUGUUAUUUUAUAUUUAUUUUGAUGUAUCACAAAAUGUAUAUUUGUUAAUUGUUGCAUUGAUUUAUGUCAGGAGGGAGUGCCCAUUUUCCUGUAUGGUUUUUAGUGUAAAUUGCAAAAAAAUUUAAUAACUUUUGACAAUGGCAUUGCCUAUAUGUAUAUUUUUAAA